AUGCGCAAUGUCACAGUGGAUGACUCGGAUAGGGGCCGACUGCAAUACUCUCCCACUCUUUGCGACGGAUCUGGCUGGGUUGUAGAAAGUGGCACAGGGUAUAGUGGUUCCUAUUCCUGGUGUACUGGGUCGUCGAGCUCGUCACAGCCAACAGUCACUCUGAGCUUCACUGGUGUUGCCGUUUAUUAUUCGACUCCCCGGAUUGAGGGGCAGUCAAUACGAGUGGAGCUAGACGGCUCGUCUUCAGACGACAUCAAUCUUUCCAUUCCCAGUGGAGGCGCUGGUACAUCAAUAGUGUGGUACCAGACAGGUCUCGAAAACACCGAACAUACCCUCCGACUCAUUCCCGGGUCAGGGAGUUCCACAUUGAACGUUGAUGCGUUCAUAUACACUGCCCUUGAAGAAGACGAAGAGCUCAGGUCGCACCCAUCAAUCACCCUCCAACGGGAACCCCAUCCGCACCGUCCGUUCAUCCACAGCCUCGAACGCCGCGACGCCCACGCUUCUACGAGCCCGCUGCCUACUAUCCUAGGCUCUAUAGUUGGCGGAAUCGCACUUCUCAUCUUCCUCUGGAUUGCCUACUUCCUCCACCGCAAAGCAAAACAGCGCAGCGCUCAGUAUAGCUGGAAAGCGCCUGUUCCUCCGUUAUCCCGAACACCAGAUCCCCAAGAGCACUUCGAUCGCUAUGCGUCACAACAGACAAAUCAGAGCCCACCGGCCAUUCAUCGAGAUUACGUGCAAAGUGACAACUAUGCACCUCAACCGCGGAGACAUCAGGGUCGUCUGAGCUUCUCCAAUCAACAAUCAGAGGGCCGUGUAGAACUCAGCCCACCUAAGCCUUCGAAUAUCCGACCACUUCCUCAGAUACCAAGCCGAAAUAAUUCGAGGGGAACGGAGGACGAGUACUUUGAACGGGUUGCUUCACCAGCCACAGCCUACAGUGGGGGACGAGAUGUGCAGCGGAGUCAGGGCUAUCAUGGGUAUGGUGGGAGGAGGAUGUACGAAUAA